CCAAUCGUUGGAGCGCACGUGGGAACGUAAUUUCCGGUGAAAACAUCGUUGACAGCAGUGGUUGACAGAUUGGUGGACAAUUUUCCACGUCACAGAUUGAUUUCAAUUGUUGUCAUUGAUUGUUGGACUUGCCAUUAUGCAAUUUGACAUAAGAAGAUUUGACAUAUAUCGGAAGGUACCGAAGGAUCUGACCCAACCGACACUGACUGGAGCAUGUAUAUCAAUAUGCAGUGUACUGUUCAUGCUAUAUCUGUUUCUGUCCGAGCUCGCUGGAUUCCUCCAACAUGAAGUUGUCAGUGAGCUGGUGGUAGAUGACCCUGUGAAAUACUCAGAAAAAAUUCCAGUAUUUUUAAAUAUUACCUUGAUGAAUACAAAAUGUGAAUUUGUAGGAUUGGACAUUCAAGAUGAUAUGGGCAGACAUGAAGUUGGUUUCCAAGACAACACUGAAAAGAUUCCACAAAAUGAUGAUACAGGAUGCAGAAUGGAAACUCAUUUCUUGAUUAACAAGGUUCCUGGAAAUUUCCAUGUAUCAACACAUGCAGCUAAACAUCAGCCAGCACAAGGUGAUAUGAGACAUGUAGUUCAUAAACUAAGGUUUGGCAUGGACUUGGAGGAAGGAAAGAAUGUGAAGGGAUCAUUUAACCCAAUGGAAAGUUUAGAUAAAGGCAAUGGUAAUGCUCAGGCGACACAUGAUUACAUUAUCCGAGUGGUGCCUUCUGUUUACGUGAAUAAAGAUAACACGAAGAGAUAUCCGUACCAAUAUACAUAUUCUUACAGGGAAAUAAUUCAGUAUGGUCAUGGAGGCCAUAUGAUGCCAGCAAUUUGGUUCCGUUAUGAAAUGAGUCCUAUAACAGUCCAGUAUACAGAAAGAAGACAACCUUUUUAUCAUUUUCUUACCACGGUAUGUGCCAUAGUUGGUGGGACAUUUACAGUUGCGGGUAUAUUUGACUCGUGUGUAUUCACUGCGUAUGAGAUUAUCAGGAAGGCGGAGCUUGGAAAACUGAGCUGAGAACAAGCUGCAUAUAGAGUUUUAUUUUCUAAUUUUAAAAAAAUUAUUAUUUUAUUAACAGAGCAAUAAUGUACAGUUGUUUAGAGGGACAUAACCUCGUAAUGUAUUUUCAGAAUUGAUACAGCAUAUUUUUUUGCCAAUACUUGUAAGUAAGAUGUGAAAACUGUCCGAUUUGGCUUAAACCACUUUUAAAAGUUGUCUGGAAAGUUAUUUAUGUAAAGAGUAAAAAUGUGAAUGAAAAUAGUAGAAAUUAGCUGAAGUGUGUAGCAUGCAACAAAAUAUUUAUCUGUUGUAUUCAGUUACUCUACAAAUGUUUUCAUUUGGAUAGAAACCUAUGGUGUUUUGACAUAACUCUGGGGGCAAGUGGCCUUAAAAUUUAGUGAUAUAUUUGUAUAUAUGAUAAUUAGUUUAUACAAUUUCAAAUAUAUGGUAAAAUGUAUGGAUGAAAUAGUUCAGCUGUAUGAUUAUUAACUGGAUUUAAGGUCUCAGUUUGGAAGAUUUUUUGAAAUCGUAAGACUUUUAUCUUUUAAAUUAAUGUUUAUUCCCCCUAGUGUUAAAGACCCAGAAGGCAUAAUUAUAGUGUUUGAAUUGUCAGUCUAUCCUUCAGAAGGGAUGUCCGUCUAUCUGUCUGUCUGUCACACUUUCUUGUGUACUCUAUUGCUACAGUUUUCAUCCAGUUGAAAUGAAACUUGGUUUAUCAUGUUUGUUAUUGUGGGAGUGAAAGAAAGCUAUUACAUAAUUUUGGUAUCACACUAGUGUAAUAAAUUUUGACAUUGAUGUUGUUCAAAGAGACAUUUGUUUAAUUAACUAGUUCUGUUAUUGGUAAAAGAAAGAAGAAAUUUUGAUGUUUCAGCAGGAAAAGCUAACAUGUGUUUAAAGAAUAUUACAUUUGUGUUUUCCCACAUUGAGUUUUAUUAUUUUAUUCAACUUGUUUAAUAAAUUCAGUAUGAAAACACACUCGUGUAAUAUCCUCGGUAUACAUAAUCAACAUGAAGUGGAGAUGCACAUGUAAUUGGAACUUUCAUGUUCGUUAAUUUUUUAGGAUCUAUGGCCCUUUUUGAGGCUUUGAUAUAUUACAGACACAUUAAAACAGUGUGCACUUGACUCGUCCAUAAUUUUCAUCCUGUUUAAAUGAAAAUUUGUAUAUGCCAUCAGCAUCAAGUGGACAUGUACAUACUUCCAGGACUUUCCAUAUCCAACUAUAAUUUUUUUUACUUAUAGCCUGUUUUUGGACUUGGAAAUAUUACAUUAAAACAUUCUAACUCAACUCCUACAGUUUCCAUCUAUUUAAAAUGAAACUUGGUAUACAAUACCAACAAGAAAUGGACAUCAUAAUAUUUUUGGGACUUCUAUGUCUGAUUAUAUUUUUCUUGAGUUUUCAGGAGGUAUGUGACAUACAGUUUUAACUGCAAUUUAGGUCUUGAUAUUUGAAACCUUCACUGUUAAUCUUGCUACCAGUAUAAUUUGGAAAUGGAUUGCUCUGUCUCAUAAACAGGAACAUUCCAUUCUUUGAUAUUUGGCUGAAAUAUAAGACUGUUACUUAAUUUUAUAUUAGCUUCUGUUUAUUUACAUUGUAAAUGUUAAGGGGGAUGGUUUUAUAAUGUGUUUGUAAAUAAUUGAAAUUAGGCAAUAUUUUAAGAUUGUUAUAAAUGUAAUAUAAUCAAUGUGUAGGAAGUAUAAAUAUGUACUGAAAGAUAUAGCUUACAGGUGUUUCAGUUAUGUCAUAAAUGACAACAGUAAAAAUUUUGUUUGUUUGAUUUUUAACACACUUCAGUUUACAUGUAACACAUGCAAAUAAGACUGGCCCACCUUAUAACAUUUUUACUGAACAGUGACAAAAUGUGACAAUCACUUGGAGUAAAAGUGGCUUUCAACCACCCUGCUCAAAUUGACUAAGAUGGACAAACAAGACCAUCUGAAUUAAAACUUUAAAAUUACAAAAUAUCCGUGUACUGAAAACUAUCCAUUUUAAGUGUGGAUUUUAUGUUUUGUGAUCAAAUUUACUAGGGUGUGGAUAUAUGAAGGACUUUUAUUAUCUGUAUCCUAGUAGAUCAUACAUGUAGCUUUACUCCUAAUACCUAACUACACUUGAAGAAUAAAAAUGUUCUCUAAGAUAUAGUUAGGGGACACUUAAGAUAUUAUGGUACAUGAUGGUAUGAUGUUGUCUUUGCCAGUAUCAGAGAUGUGAGUGCCUUACACUUGUUCACAACAACAUUAUAUCUGUUGUUUUUAGAAUUCAUUAAAUAUACUGCAGCAUUUUUGUACAUGCCUGAUGUAAAUCACUGGUACACUUGUACCAAAAAAGAAUGAUGGUAUAUUUAGUUGAGGAAUGGACAUGUGUAUACAUUAUGAAAAUGUAAUUGACCUAAUAAAGGAACAGUUAAGUACAGAUGUCAGUUCAGACUAUAUAUAACAGCUGCAAUACAGAAGGAGUUUGCUGAAUGUGGGUCUGCUUUCCUAGAGGUUUUGUAUAUAAGGCAGUUUAUGACCACCUCACAACAUCCAGAAUACACUUACUACAUAAAACAACAGAGAAAUUGCAAACCAGUUCCAUGGAGGAAAGAUAUGCUUUUGUGUCAAACUAUCAAUGAUAGUAAUAUUGGAUUAAAAUUUUCCCCAUCAAGGUUGUAUACUAUCGAGACACAAGCUUUCAUAAUCCAUCAGCAGUUUAAUCUGUUGUUACACCUUUAAACAUUAACUGAUGAAGACAUUUAUUUUAAAAUUAAAUGCUAAUGUAUUUAGCAAACAAUUCGAAAACAGCUGUUUUUGUAAAGUAGAUAUAACUAGUUUUUCCUUUGUUAUGCAUGUUGCAUGUUACAGAAUAUAUUUUGGAAAAAGAAUCUUGUUAAUUUUUUGUUUAGUUGGUUUAAUGUGUUAUUGCUGCAGUUUUUACCACCUGAAUACUGAUAAAAGUACAGUGUCAUAACAUAGGAUAUGUUAUAUAGUUGAGGCAGUUUAGUAGUGUCAGGGUAGCAAUAAUAUUUAAAGCUUUUUGCGAGUGGAAUGCAAAUAAUGGUUAAUGUCAUGACUUCUUUUUCCAUGUUAGCUUGUUAAGGGUUUUACAAACUGCAUUGUGACAACAAAGCAGAUUUUAUGUUACUUUUUUGCAUAAAUUUGCAAUUAUUUUAGUUAUUAUGUGUUGGAAAAUGUGUUUCUGGAAAACUGUAUGUAAUGCUAGAUUUCUAUUUUAUUGGUUUGUAUAGUCGCUGUAGAAUAGCAAUAAUUUAGUUUUAUGCAAUUUUCUUUACCUAUUAAUGCUACUUAUUUGAUUCAGCACAGUUGUAUCUCAUAGUUUGAAACAUUUUCCAGAGUAUAAAUCUACUGCUAGUUAGAUGCUUCUUAUGAAAUGUUAUGUCCUGUUUUUCAGUGGUUAACUGAAUUUAACAAAGAAUUAUUUUCUGAUAAAGUGUAUUUUUUUAGCAUCUGAACAGCAAAAAUAUAUGUUUGAUAUUUUCAGUUGUUAAUCAAAAUAAACUUUAGGAUUUACAGGAACAUAAUAUUUUGGUUUAAAGUUUAAAUGACAAAAAUUUCAUAGAAUUAUGAUGCCAUGACAUUUUACCUGAUGUAUGGCAGAGAAAAUAGUUGAAACCUCUAUUAUGAACUUAUUUUCAUUAGCUCUCACUAGAUUUUACAUUUUCGGUUAUGGUUUUGUUGCUUCAGAUGUUCACUUGACAAACAAUAUUUCUACCUUGCACUGACACAGACAGAGAUCCACUGCUACUAGUACUGUGAAGAAUUAUACAUUUAGAUUGGGUUGUUUCAGAUGUUAGCAUAUUCAAACUUUAUCAGGAACGUAUCUAUAACUUAAAGCUUUAUGUUAGCAUUUCGUUUGACCUUUUUGAACUAGUUUGUUAAUUGAAAUGUUGCUCGAAAUGUAAGACUUCAUGAAAUGUUUCUAAUUGCCUUAUCUGUCUUAUUAAGUAUCAUCUUAUCUUGUAAAUAAACAUAGACAGAAGGUGCAAAUUUGUUUUGCAUGGCCGAUGAAAAAUUAAGAAUGGUUAAAGAUGUGAGAAAAAUUAAGUCAAGAUUUGUCAGAGCUUCUCAUAAACUGCUUUCAAAUUUUCUGUUCCUUUAUAGUAAGCACAGUCCUAGAAUCAUUACAGCCCUCUUGUUUGUCUAUCUCACGGUAGGGACCAAAGCUUUUAAUUAUUUUUUUUUUAAAAUUU